GGCGGGAUCCGGGAAGGAGGAGACGCGGGGAGGAGGCUCCGCGCCACCGCGAGGGAGGAGGGAGGGCGCGCAGUCCCAGCCCAGAGCUUCAAAACAGCCCGGCGGCCUCGCCUCGCGCCCCAGCCCGUCCGUCGGUCCAGCCGCCUCCGCCCGCAUCUCUCUCUCUCUCCCUGGACUUUAAACGCACCCCCUCGCCCCACCGUGCGCUGUGAAAAUGUUGGUGCUCCUGGCUUUCAUCAUUGUCUUCCACAUCACCUCUGCAGCGUUGCUGUUCAUCGCCACCAUUGACAAUGCCUGGUGGGUAGGAGAAGAGUUUUUUGCAGACGUCUGGAGAGUGUGCGUCAACAACACAAACUGUACAGAAAUCGAUGCCAGCUAUAAGGAUUAUUCCACGGUGCAGGCGGUCCAGGCCACCAUGAUCCUGUCCACCAUUCUCUGCUGCAUCGCCUUCCUGAUCUUCGUGCUCCAGCUCUUUCGCCUCAAGCAGGGAGAGAGGUUCGUGUUAACCUCCAUCAUCCAGCUCAUGUCAUGCCUGUGCGUUAUGAUAGCAGCUUCCAUUUAUACCGACCGGCGUGAAGACAUCCACAAGAACAACGCGCAACUGUAUUCGCUGACCGCGGACGGCAGAUAUGGCUACUCCUUCAUCCUGGCGUGGGUGGCCUUUGCCUUCACCUUCAUCAGCGGCCUCAUGUACCUGAUAUUGAGGAAGCGCAAAUAGGACACCCAGAGCUACGUGGCGUUUACCGCAGUACAGAAUCCACAUUCAGAUAACCGUUUUGUAUAUAAUCAAUUGUGUGUGUGCGUGUGGUUUUUCUAGCAAACAUAUCGUUUCCUUUAAAAGCCAAAAAAAAAAAAAAAAAAAGAGAGAGAGAGAGAAGAGUUUUUGCAUUCUUGA